GAACGGUUUUUUUUCUGACUAAGAGGGUUGAGAUAUCUUUUAUCAUAAUAAGCUGGGAUUUUCUUUGUUCAUAAAUGCAUUUGCGGUCAUUUGAGAGUAAUAAUAUUUCAGAUAGUUGAGCCUUAGGAUAAAGUUCUAUAAUUAAUUUAAAAGGGGGAAUAUGAAUUCAGUUUGUUUGAGUUCGUUAGUUAGGUUGGGAUAACAUUUAAAAUGGCAGCAGACUUAUUUUGGGUAAUCCUUCUAUCGAUGAUGAUUUCUUUGAGUAUUGCGUCAAAUUAUCGCAAUGAACGCAUAUGUACCAAACAGAUUUUGAAUAAGUUUUACAUUCAUAGAUUUGAUAAGAAUAUUCAAAGAGUCGUUUCAGACGAGAAAAUAAGAAAAAAAAUUGUUUUUGUUUGCUGUGAUGGAUAUCGUGAAAGGAGUCGCAUUAAGGAACUGCCGAAUUGUGAACCCGUUUGCAAGCAAUCAUGUGGUUAUGGCUAUUGUUAUAAGCCUAAUUCUUGCGCUUGUUAUUAUGGUUAUGAAAUUUCGGACCUUGAUGGAACUUGUAAGCGAAUUGUGGUUGAAACGAAAACUGUUUUCCCCACUGUGGAGGUUGCAACAUUCAAAGUUGAGCCUACAACUUGGCAACAUAUUUUCGAAAAGUCGACUCAUCUGAAAGACGUUUUUGAUUCGAAUAAAAAAGCUGUUUCUGAGGUAACAAGUGAGAAAAAUACAAAGUUUGAUGUACCCACAAUGGGACAGAUUAACUUUCCAAGAGUUAAGUUUGUCACAUAUUCGGAUUUUGGUUUAGGAACCAUUCAUCCAACAAGCAAUCCUCGCCCUAACUUGAAGAUUGAAUCCUCAACAAAUCAGAUUGAUUUUGAAUCCUCUUUGGAAACUGGCACUGAUUUUUCGAGGGUGAAAUUUAUUCCACAUAGAGAAUCCCUUCCCAAUAACAUCAAAUCCAGGCAAACUAAUAACUUUGAAGUACAAUCGUAUGUGUCUGCAAAUUGUUCUUAUGGCAUUUGUAUUUGCCAAAUGGGAUAUCAAUUAAUUGAUAACAAAUUUUGCACUCAAUGUCGAAUUGGAAACCAGUGUCAAUGUCCAGCAGGAUACGCCUAUGAUUCAUUUCGUUGUAAGCCAUUGUGUAAUGGUGUGUUUGAUGGCUGUAUUCAAGGAACUUGCGUUGAACAUGAUGAAUGUAGCUGUUUCAAUGGCACAGAAAAGUUUACCGAUGAUAAAUUUCGUUGUUAUGUCAAAGAGACAAGCAAAUUAGACCAAAGAAAAAUUGAUACAAAAUGGUAUCUUUUGGUGUUAUUGAUUCCAGUAAUUAUUGUUAUAAUAAGCUUUUAUUUUGUCAUCAAACGUUCGAGAUCUGCCAAAUCGAAUCGUUUAAAAGCUCAAAGGCAUCAAUUCCAGGAAAUUCGAUAUUUUCACACAAAUAAUAAUUUCUGUGUUCAAAAAAUGUGUAACACGGCAGUGGACGGAUCAGGCCUUGAUGGACCUACAAAUCAGCUUAAUGAGAAUAUACUAAUUGUUAAAGUGUAAAAAUAAAUGUUAAGGACAAAUAUAAGAAACAUUAAUAUUUACUAUAGUUUUGAAAAGCA